AUACUGGGGCUGGGCCCGGAGAGUGAGUUUCAGAGCCCCGACGCCGAGGUCUACAUGCACUUCAUGAGGAGCCACUGCUGCUACGAUGCCGUCCCCACCAGCUGCAAGCUCGUUGUCUUUGACAUCUCCCUGGAGGUGACAAAUCUCUUCGAUGCUGUCUACUCCCUGAUCAAGCACAAGAUCCACCGCCUGCCCGUCAUCGAGCCCGUCUCAGGCAAUGUAUCUCCCUGCCCUCAGGUUCAGAUCUAUGAGGUGGAGGAGCACAAGAUCGAGACCUGGCGAGGUAAAAGGUGGGAGGCGAUGGGGGUGCCGCUGGUCUACAUCUCCCCGAGCAAUAGUCUCUUCGAUGCUGUCUACUCCCUGAUCAAGCACAAGAUCCACCGCCUGCCCGUCAUCGAGCCCGUCUCAGGCAAUGUCCUGCACAUCCUGACGCACAAGCGCAUCCUCAAGUUCCUCCACAUCUUCCACCUGGCAGCCCAGAAGACCUACAACAACCUGGACAUCAGCGUGCGGGAGGCGCUGCGGCAGCGCACCACCUGCCUGGAGGGGGUCCUCACCUGCUACCCCCACGAAACCAUGGAGGACAUCAUCGACCGCAUCGCCAAGGAGCAGGUCCAUCGCCUGGUUCUGGUGGACGAGAACCGGUACCCGCGGGGCAUCAUCUCCCUCUCUGACAUCCUCCAGGCCCUUGUGCUCACUCCCGCAGGUAUCGAUGCUCUUAACUCUUAG